CUGCGUGACAGCAGAAACGGUGGAGGAGUUUCGCUGUUCUGCUACUGUAAAAUCUUAGCGUAGUGAAUCGCUAGGAGAGACACAGGGGAAUAACGGAGCCGAAUUCACGAGCGUUCCCCGAUACUGCUAUUUUGAAAUUAUAGUGACUGAAUAAAGUUUUUCUCAUGAGAUGGACUAUUAGUACAGACACAAGGUUGUAUUUACCUAGGCUUUGAAGAGUUUGCGAGCAGCUACCUAACUAGCGAUGCUAACGUUAGCUAGCGAACUAGAUGAAACUGUAAACAUGGUUUAAAUUGGUUUCUCACUUUACGUUAUGUUGCAGUGAUUUUAAUUUAGUAUGAAUUAUUAUUUUAUGAAUGUGUGUCUGUCGUAGCUAAUAACGUAUUUAGGAUACAUGUAUGCUUGGAUUCAAACAGCCGCAGUGUGUACACAAAUCAAACAACUGCAGCAGAUGCAGAUGAUGGAGGAGUUGUGGAGACGUGGCAUGCCCCUGUCAGAUCGAAUGGAAAAUGACUCCCCAGCCGAUAUGGCUCCAGGGUCCCUGACCACAGCGGCCCCGUCGGGCUCCAACGCCUCCUGGGUGCCAGACACCCCCCUGGUGACCCCUGAGGAACCAUACUUCCUCAUGACCUCCACUGCCCAGACCGUGUCAGGGUUCUUUGUCUGGACAGCCCUGCUAAUAACCUGCCACCAGAUCUACAUGCACCUGCGCUACUACAGCUCUCCCAAUGAGCAGAGGCACAUAGUUCGCAUCCUCUUCAUCGUUCCCAUCUAUGCCUUUGACUCGUGGCUCAGCCUCCUCUUCUUCACUAACGAAGAGUACUACGUCUACUUUGACACGGUCCGCGACUGCUACGAAGCGUUUGUGAUCUACAACUUCCUCAGCCUGUGUUAUGAGUACCUUGGAGGGGAGAGCGCCAUCAUGGCUGAGAUCAGAGGAAAGCCCAUUGAGUCCAGCUGUGUGUACGGAACCUGCUGUCUCUGGGGAAGGACUUACUCCAUUGGGUUCCUCCGAUUCUGCAAACAGGCCACUCUGCAGUUCUGUGUGGUGAAGCCUUUGAUGGCCAUGAUCACAGUCAUCCUGCAGGCCUUUGGGAAGUACAGAGAUGGAGACUUCAAUGUGGCCAGUGGGUACCUGUAUGUGACCAUCAUCUAUAACUUCUCUGUUAGCCUGUCUCUCUACGCCCUCUUUCUCUUCUACUUCGCCACCCGCAACCUGCUGGUCCCCUACAGCCCCAUGCUCAAGUUCCUCAUGGUCAAGUCUGUCAUCUUCCUCUCUUUCUGGCAGGGUAUGCUGCUGGCCAUCCUGGAGAAGUGUGGAGCCAUCCCUAAAAUCAACUCUCCCGAAGUGUCAGUUGGGGAGGGCACGGUCGCCGCCGGCUACCAGAACUUUAUCAUCUGCAUUGAGAUGUUCUUUGCCGCUGUGGCCCUGCGCCACGCCUUCACCUACAAGGUCUACAUGGACAAGAGGCUGGACUCCUACGGGUCCUUUCCUAUUUAUGGACAAUACGGUCGCUGCGCCCCAAUGAAGAGCAUCUCCAGCAGUCUGAAGGAGACCAUGAACCCCGGAGACAUGGUGCAGGACGCCAUCCACAACUUCUCCCCGGCCUACCAGCAGUACACACAGCAGUCCACCCUUGAGCAGCGUGGAGGGGUGCCGGUGUCCCGCAGCCACAGCAACCUCAGCACCCGCGACAACGAGAAGACCCUGCUGCUCAGUUCCGACGACGAGUUCUGAGCCCCCCUACACACCGACCGGUGGUACUACUGUGGGGUGGAGACGGGAGGGGCUUUAUGGACUCUACUACAGUGCCGUACCAAAUCGACAGGCUUAAGUCCUUUGACUGAUCCACUUCAUUGCGUACAUGAACAUAGUACUCAUAUUCCUCAGUCUAUAUUGACAAUACAAGCAACCUACUACAUAGAGGUCCAUUGCCACAUACCACUGCCAAUAUGGAUCAAUACAAAUACACACACACGUGCAUAGACCAUUCCCAGGUGUCUUCAGGCUGUGUUAACACUACAAAGACCUACCAGACAGAAACACUCACCAACGUGCAUGCCAUUAACAUGAGUGCCAUUGAAAUAUUGUCAAUUAUACAGCAUCCCCCCUCACCCUCCUGCCAGCUCUGCCUGAAAUGUUGCCAAAUAGAGGGAGAUCCCGCUUGGUCAGCAGGACCCUCUCUAACUUAAGAUUUCGAUUUCAGAGUCACUUGGAUAAGACACUAAGGGACCCCGAAAUCACUGUAUAUUUUGAUGUUUAUUGACCUGAUGUUGUUCUUCUCAUUUUAAACGAAUCUAUUAUGAAGGGAGGUUAUCAUUAUAUGAUGUGUGUUGGCAUGAACGGGAAGGUACAGUGAGGAUAAUAUAAUUGGGGGAUUUUGGGGGUCAUUUGGGGUGUCCCGGAAUGUUGUUGUUGAUGACGUAUUGAGGGAACAGCUGUUGACAGAGGUUUGGCGUGGGCGACUAACAUCGCUCACGCGGAGUACAGAUGAAAGAGGAACUUGCUUCUCAGCAGAGCUGGACCCGGCCGCAGCAGACAGGAUUAGAAUCCCGUAAUUGGGGCAUUAUGUGCGGCACAGAUCAGGCAUGUUUUUACCAUCACGUUGGUGUAACGGUCAUAUCGCGCCGAACUGCGCAUGUGCAGACCGUCUAAUCAAAGGCUGUCUUGAUAAUGUUUUUUGGACGAAAAUGAAAACUUGUCAGUGUGUCACCUUCACAAGGUUGGAGUAAUAACAUGUUCAACUACUUAAGACAUUGGCUCGAAUCUAGGUUGUGUCUUUAGAUUGAGAAAAUAAACAACUAAUUUCACUGUUCUCAUCUCAAACCUCAGCCUGGUCUGUUUCGCAAGCGUUCCUGGAAGUCUUCAAUGUUGCACCUCUGGGUUUAGAAACUGUGUGAAGUUGUCAAAGGGUAUGGGGACCAAGCAAUUCUUCCCCCUGGUGGCAAGAGGCAGAGAGAUUUCCAGCCCAGCCUCUGGGAGGAUCCUGUUGAGCAGAAAUUGUUUAUUUGAAUACAUAGGCAAGCCUUGGCUAUUUUCAUCAUUAAUAUACUUCAGUUAUGCCUGAAUAUAGCUGCUUUCUUCAUCAUGGCUGUUUUCUUGUCUUGUUAGGGUUGCUAUGUUGCUGCUUAGUGUCACUAGCCUCACUGAUUUUUCCUUUGAGAAGUCUUUUUGCUGAAGACAACACACAAACAGAUCAUUUUGAAACGUUUUACUCAUAAAAAAACCUCUCACUGAACUGUCAAUUCCAAAGCUGCAGUUUUACGAAAAAAUGUAAAUAGGAACACUACCCAUAUUUGAAUACCUGAGGGAAGUGUUUUUCUACAGCAGGGGUUCUUAAAUGUUUAUCUCGAAACACAAAUUAGACAUUUUUACCGUCCUCCCGUGACUCAAAUCUUCCUCUAACGACCCAAAUUAAGAAGAAAUAGUGUGAUAUUAUAGAUGUAUUAUCAUAACUCGCGACCCACCUCUCACAUGCCCAGGGCCCACCUCGGGUUAAAAAACCCUGGUCCCACAGGGUCCAAUAAAUACAGUACCAAUCAAAAGUUACUACUCAUUCCAGGGUUUUUCUUUAAUUUGACUAUUUUCUACAUUGUAGAAUAAUAGUGAAGACAUCAAAUUAUGAAAUAAAACAUAUGGAAUCAUGUAGUAACCAAAAAAAAGUUAAACAAAUUUACAAAUAUUUUCUAUUUUAGAUUUCUCAAAGUAGCCAUCCUUUGCCUUGAUGACAGUUUUGCACACUCUUGGCAUUCUCUCAACCAGCUUCAUAUGGAAUGCUUGAAGGAUUUCCCACAUGCUGAGCACUUGUUGGCUGCUUUUCCUUCACUUUGCGGUCCAACUCAUCCCAAACCAUCUCAAUUGGGUUGAGGUCGGGUGAUUGUGGAGGCCAUGUCAUCUGAUGCAGCACUCAAUCACUCUCAUUCUUGAUCAAUUAGCCCUUACACAGCCUGGAGGUGUGUUGGGUCAUUGUCCUGUUGAAAAACAAAUGAUAGUCCCACUAAGCGCAAACCAGAUGGGAUGGCACAUCGCUGCAGAAUGCUGUGGUAGUCAUGGGGGUUAAGUGUGCCUUGAAUUCUAAAUAAAUCACUGACAGUGUCAUCAGCAAAGCACCCCCACACCAUCACACCUCCUUCUCCAUGCUUCACGGUUGGAACCACACAUGCGGAGAUCAAUCCAUUCACCUGCUCUGCGUCUCACAAAGACACAGCGAUUGGAACCAAAAAUCUCCAAUUUGGAGUCAUCAGACCAAAGGACAGAUUUCCACCAGUCUAAUGUCCAUUGCUCGUGUUUCUUGGCCCAAGCGAGUCUCUUCUUAUUAUUGGUGUCCUUUAGUAGUGGUUUCUUUGCAGCAAAUCGACCAUGAAGGCCUGAUUCACGCAGUCUCCUCUGAACAGUUGAUGUUGAUGUGUCUGUUACAUUUAUUUGGGCUGCAAUUUCUGAGGCUGGUAACUCUGAUGAACUUACCCUCUGCAGCAGAGGUAACUUUUGGUUUUCCUUUCCUGUGGUGGUCCUCAUCAGAGCCAGUUUCAACAUAGUGCUUGAUGGUUUUUGUGACUGCACUUGAAUAAACUUAUCAAAGUUCUUAACAAAGCACACCUGUUAAUUGAAAUGCGUUCCAGGUGACUACCUUAUGAAGAUGGUUGAGAGAAUGCCAAAGCUAUGUGCAGAGUGUGCAAAGCUAUCAAGGUAAAGGGGGGCUAUAUUUUGAUUAACGAUUUGUUGGUUACUACAUGAUUCUGUAUGUGUUAUUUCAUAGUUUUGAUGUCUUUGCUAUUAUUAUACAAUGUAGAAAAUAGUGAAAAUAAUGAAAAACCCUGGAAUGAGUAGGUGUGUCCAAACUUUUGACUGGUACUGUAUAUUUCAUAGGUUUGAAUGUUAAAUAUAGGCUACAUACACAAGUGAUUGUUUUAAUGAUGUGCCCUAUGCUGUGUCUUUUGAUUAAAAUUAAUAUAUUAUUCCUGAAAAGACAGGAUAUUGUAUAUAAAGUUGAACUAGAUAAUGGAAUAUGUUUAUUGGUGGGUAUAAUAAUGAUAAAGCACAGAAUGUUCACUUCUGUAUCGUCUCUGCUCCAUAUUCGUUAUAUUAUUUUGUUUCAUACUUUUGUGUUCAUUUGUAUAUUGGUAUUAUUCUGAUUUAUAGAUUCUGAUGCAAUUUUUUGUCUUUGUGGUGUUUAAACAACCGCAAAAUAAAAAGACAGACAAAAUUGAA